AUGUUCUCAUUAUUCCCGAGCAUCCCUUUUCGCAGGAAUCUUCUUAGCUUCAGAACACGACAUCUUAAGCCUUUAACGCAAAACUGGAUGUCGUCGCUGAAAACAGAAGUGGUGCCCUCAGAACGCGAAGACACUUUUGACGAUGGAGUGCGUCCUUUCGAAGACAUCCCAGAAGUUAAUGGGUGGAAGUUCAUAUAUAAUCUAUGCACGAAGACACAGGGCUUUACCAAAUUUUUCAAAGAAACUGCGCGCCUUUUCGACGAACUUGGCCCCAUUUACAAAGACGACUUUAUGUUUACGCCCUUUAAGACGGUGCACGUUAUCGAUCCUGGAGAUUUCUCGAAAGUUUACCGGGCAGAAGGAAAAUAUCCCGGGGGGGGUACUCGCAGAAAAAUUGGGUAGGGGUGUGCGGCCCGCUUCCCAAAACCCUUACCCUAUUUAUGACCAAAAUCUGCGAUUUUCCCUACCCUAUUUAUGACCUAACCAAAAAUUUGAUACCCUAUUUUGUGAAGGGCUUUUGUUGCUUGUAUUUUCUAGCCUACAAAGCAGCCGGUGGAGAGGAAGGCAAAGCGCGGAUGGAAGGAGGGAGACAUGAUAAGGAAGUAGCUUCUUCUAAAAAAGUGCUUUCAAGACUACAAUGCAAAAAUCGUUACCCUAUUUAUGACCAAAAUGGCGGCAAAAUAGCCAAAAUCGAUACCCAAUUUAUGACCAAAACGGCUGAAAAACCCUACCCUUUGGGGCCGCACAUACCUAUAUAGCCCAUAUUAGGGAGUACCCCCCCCCCGGGGAAAAUAUCCACGUCGGGCUAUGUUAGAUUUUUGGAUUGAACACCGCAGGCGGAGGAAUCAUUUUCCAGGCAUAAUUAUAGCGUGAGUAUACCAUAAAUAGCCUCCAACUGAGCAGUUUGCAUUGAGGUAUAUCCUUUGGUGUUUACUUGCGUGAGCAAUACUAAACAAAAUGCGGCUUUUCCUUUUGCUUUGGCCGGUGUAAAACCUAAGCAUUCUUGAAACAAGUCGCUAAACGAGUUUGCAUCUUUGAAACAUGGGUUAAGGUAGUAUUCCUAAGAAGCUUUUCAAUUAGUAUCACUUGUGAUAAAAUUGCUUUAAAAAGUACAAAAUAUCCUUUAAACAAUGGAUCAGUUGGACUGCCUAAAUUGCCCAACACGUUUUACGAACAAAUAAUGUGGCAUAGGCGUCUGGUUCAAGCUCUCACUCUUACGUUCAUGGGUUAUCCGAUCCAAAUGAACUAAUAAUAUAAAAUUAAUAAAACUUUUAGUAUAUAUAUAUAAAAACUAUCAGCCUACAAUCUUUGUAGUAAUAAGAGAAGUAGACCCAAAUCAGCCGGCCCCUAAGUUACUACUUUCAAGCACAAAUCUUUCUCUUAUAUUGCAUGCUGACUUUGGAAUAUUCUAUACCUCCUUAUGUUACUUGGGGAGGCCUACUAUCUUACGAAUUUCGUUGCCACCUUCAAAGAACUUAACCUGAACCAGAACAAAUAUCGCAACAAUCUCUGCUCUAAAUAGUUUUCCUUACUGUGAAAUAGAUAAAUAGUUAGUUUUAUUCAUUUUCAGCCCCCCUUUGUAUUAUUACCAUGAAAGCAGGUACAUUCAGUUUGUAAUUUUUGUUGAUUGAUCACAGGUGCUAAACAGUACAAAUAACUAUAAAGUAUGUUUCCGAACCCCGAAUGCUUUGUGAGGCACCUCUAAGAAAGCCAGCUGCGUUGGCCACCACUGUGGAAAUCGCCAAGGCAUCUUAGCUAAAUAUAUUAUACAAAAAUUGCUGUUCAAUUACUUCUUUUGGAAUUUUCUUGUCAGAGAUGGAGAGGAAUGGCACAGAAUGCGACAAACUAUUGGUCCUAAAAUAAUGCGCCCCAAAAUUGUUGAGGAAAACUUGAAUAACUUUAAUGCUGUGAGCAAGGAUGCUGUGGCAAGGUUUAUCAAACUAAAGGAAACUAGUCAGGAGGAAGGCCACAUUCCUGACUUAGAAAAGGAAAUGAAACGGUGGGCCUUAGAAGGUAAGCUUAAAUCUUUGUCAGCUUUGUACCCUGUCUCACAAGUGCGCACGAAAGUUUAUUCCCUGUCUGUACAGGUUAAAGCUAAGAAAACCUGAAAAACCAAUUUUUUUUGGCAAUUUGACAACUCUACAGUUGACCCUCAUUAGUGGUGUUCCGGCCACAAGGGUUGAGCAUACAGUGUAUCUAGUUAUUCUAUAAGAGACUAACUUGUUAAGUACAUGCAGUCCCAUGUUGCCCUUAAUGUUGAAGAGUUCCUUGCCGCAUGAGAAAAUCAACCUCACCGUUCAUUUCAGGGUAGUGGGAACAAUUAUAUAAUUCAUUAUAUGCAAGUUGUGCGUAAAAUUGAGAGAGUGUAGGUACAUAUGUAAAUGCCGUGACACAGAAAUGACAGAACGGAGAGUUAGCUCAAAAGAGAGGUGCUAACACAUAAUUAUGCCAACUGAAUGCACCAAGUAAAUCCCGGAGUACAAGGUUUCGGCAAGAAAAUAAUGUGAAGAACGGCCCGCACUGGCUUAAGAGUCCUCACUAAAAGUGGUGCAGCAAUUCAUCGCGUUCAAAUGAUAGAAAUGUACUCUGUACACUCCCGUACACUGUUAACUCUCCUUAUCAAUAUUAUUCGUGAUUGCAGGCAUUGCUACAUUGGUAUUUAAUACUCGUCUCGGAUUGUAUGAAGAUCGGCCACCUCAAGUUGCACUGAAAUUUACAGAAGAGGUUAACAACUUCUUCGAACUUUCCCAUAAGCUUUUAUUCAAUCCCUUUAGCAGAAUUGCUCGCCAGUAUUUUGACACACCAACUUUUAAAAAGUUUCUUGAGAAUGCCGAUGCCUUAAUGGAAACCGGACAGGGUAUUGUUGACAAGACGACGAGGGAACUGAAAGAAAUGACAGAGAAUGGAAUUGAUCUGGGCGACGCCCAAGGUUUGUAAACAUACAAAGGGUCACUUAUUUCUUUUUUAAAAAAAGAAUGUGUGACAGGUACUAGAUCUAAAGUUAAGUAGUGCUUCCCCUAACUCAAAGUUUCUUAACCUCAAAAGCUGAUAUCGCAGGAUAAUUUAGCAGUUUGAUUAACUCUCUGUUGUACAAUGGAGGGAAGUUCAUAGCUCACCUCUCCCGAUGUUUUCUUUUCGUUGACUUCGAAACAAGGUUGAGCCAGAAUAUCUUAUCUCAAGUCAAAGCUCAUUUUCUCAAACUAAUUUUGGCAAAAUUUGGUGAGAAUUUGUUCCUGUGGAUUGGAAAUAUUACGCCAUGAAUUCGGCCAUGAGUUCAAGCCAGUUUUAAGCAACAUUUUUACAUUCUUUCCGUGCGGAAAAGAAAAGCAGCAAAAUGAACAAUCAAGACAAGCGUUUGCAUUUUUCCCCUAAGAAAACAAAAUAUUUUGUCUAGAACGCACAAUUCGGAGAACUCUGAAUUUCCUCAGGAUCCAAGAUGGUGGCCAAUAUGGCGGCCAUUUUAAAUGAUCUCACUGGUCCCUAGCAACAUUAUAUUCUAUAAUAUUUGCUUGAUCUUGUAGAGCCUACUACAGGCUAUCUAUUGCCCGGAUAUUGGCCGAUUUCUUUUCUACCGUUUUUAUGGUCUUGACGAAGUCUUUUGCUGAUAAUUAAUUCGACGGGUGAAUUGACACUGCAUUACAGUGAAAACUUGUAAGACAGCGUACCUUUUAAUUCACUCCCUGUUAACAGACGUGAAAUAUAUAGCAUCUUUUUAACUUGUAUAAUUAUUUUAUGCAGUUGUUCCACUCUUAAGUGUUUAUUCUCGGUUUAAUUUCUCUUAUCCUGAAUUAUCUAUCGGUUUUAAUUUUUCUCUUCGUCAAACCCCAGGUGCGGCUUAUUCGCCACCAUUUUGGGUACUUUCUCAAAUUUUAACUACUAUAUUUGGUUGAAGUUUAUAAGUUAACAAAACAAUCAAAAUUUGUUUUUCUUCUUCUUCUCAAAAUUAUCCAGACUUCUUUCGCUACUGUAUGGUGGUUGUAUAAUUUAGCGCGAUUUCCUCACGUUCAACAAAAGCUCUACCAGGAGAUAGAAAGUGUCAUAGGGAUAGAUGAUGACGUCACACCCAAACAUCUCACCAAACUACACUAUCUGAAGGCGAGUCUGAAGGAAUCCAUGAGGUAUUGUAAAACCACAUCUGAUAUUUUUACUGCAAUAGACGGCUACAAUUACAAUUACUGUAGUCAGUACCUUAUCCAAAUGAAAAGAGCAAGCCGUGCUUUGGUGACAUAAAGUUCUUUUUUUUCUCUUUUGAUUCCAUUCUGCAGGAUUUAGCCCCUUUCAAAUGAUAGUUCAACUGUUCAUUGAAAAUAUCAAUUUUCUAGCUCAUCCGUGGUCUUUAAAUCUAGGAAGAAUUUUUUAAAAACAUUUUCCAGUAGUUUAAGAAUAUGAAUUGAAUUUUUUUGGACACAAAAUCUUUAAAACGCAGUUGAAAUUCUUCGUAUUGCAUGUUUGAGUAUUUUUGCUAUCUUUUUAAAUAAAUCAUUCAGUUAUUUCGUCUUUGCGUUGCAUGAGAAAUAUCUCGCCAUGGUAUAACGCCAUGGUAUCAUACCAUCAUACCAUUAUUAUCAUACCAUAAUUAUCAUAGUGUUCAUGUUACCAUGGUAUUACAUUUGCCUGUUUUGUAUCCAAUGUUUAGGCUGACCCCAAGUAUAUCAUCCAUGACAAGAAUUUUGGAUCAAGGUGUUGAUUUAUCUGGUUACUAGGGAAAGUUCAUUUAAUAUGACAAGGGGGGGGAUGAAGAUAUUGAGGGGGGGCUCCGAAAAUUUUUAGACACCCGAAGGGGGGGGCUGAAAAAAUUGUUGCGCUAGGAGGGGGGGGCUCCGAAAAUUUGUAUACUUCAAAACCAACACAUGACAUCAUCAUACAGAUCGGAUGGUUUUCAAUUCAACAAUUUAACGACCUGUGCAACUCAGCUAUAUCUCGUGGUUUACAGAUAUAACAAAUGUAGUCUCAGUAAUUAUUACACUCUUGUUCAUCCCAAAAAUGCUUUAGAAAAUUGUAUCACAACUGUAUCUCAAGUUUGUCAUAGUAUAAACCAUUGAAGACAAUAACGGUAAAUAUAUUUAAUACAGUCUAGCGAUCUUUUUUCAGGGGAGCAAAGGAAUUGAAGGAGGAGGAGGGGGGUCUCUGAAAUUUUUUCGACUACCAAGGAGGGGGCUCCUAAAAAAUUGAACCGCUAGCGAGGGGGGCCGCUAAAAUUUCAAGCUUCGAGUUUCAAUAUCUUCAUCCCCCCCCCCUUGUCAUAUUAAAUGAACGUUCCCCUAUGUUCCAGCAAACGUAAGUAGCAGGUCUUCAGUUUUGAUCCAAGGUGGUGAAAUGUUGGUAUAAAACAAGGGAAUGGCAAGGUCUUUCUCCGUAUGUUUCUCUUAUUGCGUCAAAACCAUUUUUUCCUUGAUGUGUUGAUCCCACUAAUUUCUUUCAAACAGUGAUGCAAAGUAUCUUCAAUUAAUUAAUUGACAUAUACAUAGAUUUCAUGGGUUCUUAUUGAUGCGGCACAGGUGGAAAUGAUAAUUCGGGACAUGGAUUAGAACAUAAAGCUAGAAAAUUAGUUCGAUUCAUUGGUUUUAUAUGAAAGCUGAUUUCGAGGUAUAACACCCAAUAGGGAUGUGAUCGCUUAUUGAAGAACACCAGCUUGAGUUUUUGCUACCCCAAAAUCAAAUCAAGUCAUAUCCUUUAUUUAGACAAGUAACACCAAGGAGCAUGCAAUUAAAGAAAAAAAUGUAAAAGUACACUAGUAACCUGUACAUUAGUACUACUAAAAUACUAACUCCCCCAGUGAAUCAAAGUUUGAACAUGUUUGAUUCCAAUUAUAUAUCUCUGCAUGGGGUGUUGCAGGAGAAUUCCCGAAAAUAUAGGUUGAGAAAUUUUGCGACUAAAUACCUUUAAAGUCAGAGUCAAGUGCUUAUAUGAUUAUUUUAUUGUUUUCUUAACUUAAACCUUUCUAGAGAUUUUAAGUACAUUUAAGAUCAAAUAGAGUUGUCCCAGUUUUAUUUUCAAUUUACCUGCAUGUCCUUGAGCACGCAUCUCAUUCUAGUGCAAGACUCUUGUCGCCCUACACCCGAUCGAUCAAACCUCGUUAUUGAGGUGCAGGAUUAAUAGAUGUAUAAAACAAAGUGCUGAAACGGUUAAGUUCUCAUUGUUAUCUUAAAAUAAUUUUGGCAGACUCUCGUACAGAUGGAAUUUUAUGCCAUUGCUCGCUCGGACAAGUACUUCAAAGACCCUUUGGAGUUCAAACCAGAGCGUUGGAUUAGAGAAAGUAAAGACGUUCACUCCUUUUCUCAUCUACAGUUUGGAUUUGGGCCUCGAAUGUGCGUU